AUGACAUCAAUCAACUUCAUCGGCACAAACCAUGGGCUCCAGAUCGGAAACAACUACGGGACGGCGCAAUUCCACCAGCCAAACACCACUGAAGAUAUCGAUCGGCUGUGCCUCCAAAAUCUAAAUUGCCCUGAUUCACUAGUCGUGAAAAAUCGGCUGAAAGAGGCCAAGGACAAGUUACUCCGAGAAUCGUUCGAAUGGAUUUUUCAAGACCCGCAGUACCGCAGUUGGCGAGAUGGAUCAGAUGUCUGCCUGCUUUGGAUCAAGGGCGGUGCUGGGAAAGGAAAGACCAUGAUGUCCAUUGGUCUUAUCGAAGAGCUUUCUCGGGUACGACAUGAAACAGCUAGGGUGACUUAUUUCUUCUGCCAAAAUGCCGACAACAAGCUCAACACCCUUGAAUUCAUCAUCAAGGGCUUGAUUCUAAAGUUGAUGAGCCAGCAAAUCGAGCUUAAAGAAUCUUUGCGACGUCGCUGGGACACUAAGAACGAUCGUUUCAAUGAGGACGUUACUUCAUGGCGGACAUUAUGGACCAUCCUAUUCGAGAUGUUGGACCGAUGCAAUGCCCCGAAAAUAUAUAUUAUUGUGGAUGCUCUUGAUGAGUGCCAUGAUAGCUGCAUGGCCGAGUUCUUGCAGCUUAUCGUCCGUAAUGGACUAGACCACCCCGCAAAAAUCAAAUGGCUGUUGACAAGUCGGCCAUUAGAGGCCGCAGAACGAGCAUUGCUAGCUGCACAUGACCAGGUCCAAGUUAGCCUGGAGCUCAACUCGAAAUUUGUCUCUCAAGCGGUAAGGGCUUACGUCUCUUAUAAAGUGGAUGAGCUCAGUCGUCGAAGCAAAUAUGGAGAGACAUUGAGAAGAGAAAUGAAGGCUGAACUUACUUCAAAGGCUGAAGGUACCUUUCUGUGGGUGAGCCUGGUAUGCAAGAAACUGGAGAAUGUCCGUCAAGAUGAGGCUUUGGCCACAAUUCAAAAUUUGCCGCCAGGGCUGCAUCCUUUCUACGACCGGAUAUUGCACCAACUCAGCCAAGGUGAGCCAGACGAUGUCCAGAAGUGCAUGCGACUACUUCGGGCAAUGACUCUGGUAUAUCGACCUUUGAAAGUGGAAGAAGUUUCGAGUUUAACUGGCUUGACUAACGAAGACGACGCUAUCAAGGCGUUAGUCAAUCGUUGUGCGUCAUUCUUAUGGAUGCAGAAAAACAACGUGGAGUUUAUCCAUCAAUCUGCUCGAGACUACUUGGCCGGGGAUAACGGACAGUCCUUACUUGACGCGCAUGUACGGUUCGGACAUCCUGAAAUUGCGUCGAGGUGUCUGUCUCAGAUGUCUAAAUGGCUUCAGAUCAACCUCGGAAGCUUGCCGCGACCUGACUCAACUAGAGAAUCUUGGAAACCGCUUAAAAAAGAGAAACAACAUGUCCAACUUUCUUGCCUGGACUAUGCAUCUACCUUCUGGGUGCAACACCUCGAGAGUAUCAAGCAAAGCACAAUACUACAGAGCUCACUCAUGGAGCAGGGUGUCGUUGGUAAAUUCCUUCGCAAAAGAUUGUUGGAAUGGCUAGAAUGCCUUAGCCUGUUCAACAGGCUACCACGGGCUAUUCAAGCAUUGGAAGCACUAGGGAAUAUAGCAAAGGACAACCCCUCAACAUUGGCACUUGUGCAGGAUGCUACACGGUUUUUGUUGCGACACUACCACACUUUGGAUCGUUGGCCGUUACAGAUCUACAGCUCUGCUAUUGUAUUUAGCCCUGAAACAAGCGUUGUGAAGAUGGAGAAUUUGGACAAAAUUCCAGUAUAUCUGAGAAAAGCUCCUCCCAUGGACAGAAAUUGGACGUCUACAAUACAGACACUUGAAGGCCACUCAGAUGCGGUCGAUCUUGUUGUCUUUUCACCCGACGGCACGCAGAUCGCAUCCGGCUCCAGUGACAACACCAUCAAGCUUUGGGAUACCACCACGGGUGACCUUCAGAAGACACUAGAAGGCCACUCGGCUGAGAUCAUAGCCGUGAUAUUUUCACCCGACAGCAAACGGAUCGUAUCAGGUUCCGAUGACAACACCAUCAAGCUUUGGGAUAACACCACGGGUGACCUUCAAAAGACAUUAGAAGGCCACUCAGAUACGCUCACUAUUGUGGACUUAUCACCCGACGGCAAGCAUAUCGCAUCAGGUACCGUUAGUGGAACCGUCAAGCUUUGGGGUACCGCCACAGGUGAGCUUCAGAAGACGCUAGUAGGCCACUCAAAGAGGGUCCUUGAUGUGGCCUUCUCACCCGAUGGCAAGCAAAUCGCAUCAUACUCAAAUGAUAAAACCAUCAAGCUUUGGGAUACCACAACGGGUGACCUUCAAAAGACAUUAGUGGGCCACUCGGACGGGGUCUGGACUAUCAAAUUUUCACCCGACGGCAAGCAACUCGCAUCAUUCUCCGAAUACGACACCAUCAAGCUUUGGGAUACCACCACGGGUGACCUUCAGAAGACAUUAGAAGGCCACUCAGAUAGGCUCACCACUGUGGACUUAUCACCCGACGGCAAGCAUAUCGCAUCAGGUACCGUUAGUGGAACCGUCAAGCUUUGGGAUACUGCCACAGGUGACUUUCAGAAGACACUAGAAGGCCACUCAGAUGUGGUCGAACUUGUGGUCUUUUCACCUGACGGCACACAGAUCGCAUCCUGCUCCAGUGACAACACUAUCAAGCUUUGGGAUACCACCACGGGUGAUCUUCAAAAGACAUUAGUAGGCCACUCGGAGAUGGUUACAGAUGUGGCUUUUUCACCCGACGGCAAACAGAUCGUAUCAGGCUCCAUAGAUGAUACCAUCAAGCUUUGGGACAUCAUCGCGGAUCACGUUGAGGAUACACUAGAAGGCCACUCGAGCCAUAUCUGGGAAGUGGACUUUUCACCUGACGGCACACAGAUCGCAUCCUGCUCCAGUGACAACACUAUCAAGCUUUGGGACACCACCACGGGUGAUCUUCAAAAGACAUUAGUAGGCCACUCGGAGAUGGUCACAAGUGUGGCAUUUUCACCCGACGGCAAACAGAUCGUAUCAGGCUCUGGUGACAACACUAUCAAGCUUUGGGAUGCCACCACGGGUGAUCUUCAAAAGACAUUAGUAGGCCACUCGGAGAUGGUCGCAACUGUUAUAUUUUCACCCGACAGCACACAGAUCGCAUCCGGCUCUGGCGACAACACUAUCAAGCUUUGGGAUACCACCACGGGUGGCCUUCAGAAAACAUUAGUAGGCCACUCACAAUGGGUCGCUACUGUGGCCUUUUCACCCGACGGCAAGCAGAUCGCAUCAGGUUCCCAUGACAACACCAUCAAGCUUUGGGAUCCCAUCACAGGUAGUCUUCAGAAAACACUGGUUCCCGUGACAGCACUAUCAAGUUUUGGGACAUCGCCAAAUCUCUUAAACCAGCAAAGUUACUCGGCCAUCAACUAA